UAAAACGGAGACGGCACAAAAGAAAUAACACAACAAAAAUAGUUUCAAUUAAGUUGCAGUUGCGUUGCGACCGACCAUGAACAAGAAGAAGGUGAAACUUGCUUAUCUGCAAAGAAGGAAGAUCACGAAGAAGGUGAGCGAACUCCAAACUAUUUGUGAUAUUUUGGAGUCUCAAAAUAAGGUCUCUUCAGAUCCAGAAGGUUCCAACAAGAUGGUUGAGAGUGAUGAGACUCCAUCAUUGAUAUGUGAAACAAAAAUUGUGAGUCAAGAAAGGAUCUACAUGGAGAAAAUUGCUAAAAUCAAUGUCAAGAUAGAAAAGCUGAAACGUGACAAUCGUGAGAAGGAGUUUCAUAUUCUCAUGUUUGGGUGCAUGGAAAAUAUAAAACUGCUUGAAGACCUUACUGUUGAAGAACUCAUAGAUUUCAAAAGGUUGGUUGAUAUGAAGCUGAAGGAGGUUAAUGAUGUAAUUGCAGCAUUGGAAUGAUGAAAUGUUGUUUGAAAACUAUUUAUUGUAAUUUGAAUAAAACUCAUGGAUUUGAAUAAAAUUUAUUAUUAUAAA